AUGUCAGUGAAAAAGCCAUUGGCUUUCGUCCAUCUUGCCAGCACCUCCGCUCCUUCGUAUGUGCCGCAGAGAAAGCUCCUCGGUAGGGAGAGUUCCUUGGGGUUUUUUGGUGAUGUGAGUAUCUCCAGUUCUUUGUAUGAUUGGGGGAUCACCGUCGACCAUAGUUUGUUGAUUGCUUUUUGCCUGAGGCCUUUGGUCUCUCUUCUGAGUCCCGCAUAUGAGCAAAUCUAUAUAUCCAUUGCUAUUCUCGCCUCUAUCGAGGUUAUUGCUGCUCUGAGGCCCUCGAGUGCUGCUACUGCUUCAGCAUCGUAUACCUCCUCAUACGAUUAUUAUGUUACGAUCACGGAUCUUACAAUAACCGAUUGUGUGCUUACGAGAUGCGAUUCGAUCAAUUUAGUAUGGGAUUAA